CUGUCCGGUGCCGGAUUGUGCCGGGUGGCAAAAAGAGCGAUGCUCAAGAAAAACAUGUUUCAUUUUCUCUCCGAUGACCAAAUCGAUUUACGAAUCGUUUCGUGAAAAUUGAGGAAUCUUUCGUAAUUGAACAUCCGGACGAGAACGUUCUGUAGUUUCCUCUCUCUCUCUCUAUGUGUGUGUAUAAUAACAGAAUUUGUUUUGGGGUGGUUUUGCAUGUAUGGCUUAGCGAAUGUGAAUCAUCGGAUUGAUGGGGAUGUGGAAAUAAUGUAUGCAUCGUCGUCGAUAGGCCGACUUGGGCUUACCUGGCAACAUUUGCUGGACCAACAAAACCAGGAAACAGAAAAAAGAAAGAAAACCCACAGUUCCCUAGUAAUGGGUUUGCUGAUUGAAGAUUGAAGGGUUUCGAACCUCAAAAUAACCGUCCCAGCCUUACGAUCAGACAUCAAUUCACUAUCGUUUGAGGUGUUUGUUUCACGUUCGCCAUUUUCCAGCUUCCGAACGUUUAGAUCACGGCUCCAAAAGUCAAGGGAAAAAUGCUGCAAACGAACCGGAGCUUUGUGGAGUGGAAAUUAUUUUAUUAGCUCAGCGACGUUCAUCAAUCUAACGGUGAAGGAUUGAUACAAAUAGCGAGAUUGUCCUAGGUGGGAGGAGUCCGUACUAAAACUUCAAUUUAGUACGUGUGGAUGCCGGUAGCAUCGAGACAAGGAAUAAUAAACGAGCGGAAAUCAACGUACACUGACUGAAAGGCAGGAAAUUGCAACUGGCUCCGUCUAGACUGUAGCCGAUGGGAGAUAAAUUAAGUUAUCAAGAAAUGUCUAGCUAUGCUGUAAUUUUGAGAGCGUCCCUCAGAGCAGCCAUUUAUGUUUAGCUUCUUUUCUGAAACAUCUACAAUACUUCACAGCAGUAAUUUUAAUCCUCCAACCAUACUAAUAUAAUUGGUAUUAAGCGGGGAAAAAAAUCAUAAAACACGAUAAAAAGAAAAUAAUGCACAGGAAAAAAAUUGAUCAAACUUUCACGGCGCAUCACCACCGGUAUGAGGCGUCAUGGACUGUGACGACCAAAAGAGGAACAAACCUUGCUAACGUGUAACAAGUGACCACCGUUAAACUGGGUUAGGUGAUCGCGUACUUCUUAGACGUAAAAAAAAGCGGGCCACAGACCCGCUGUUCGUUCACAAGGUGCUAAUUAGAACAGCAUAUUCUUUGUCUCCUUUUGUUGGUCUGUAAAUUGUUAGCCUCGAUUACAGGACGAUAACUUAGCGGCGAGCGGCUAUCCGACGGUGUAGUUACAAUCAGACACUGCCCGGCAUAGAACGUUCGGUCGUGUGGAGUAGUCAGUGGCGAUUACAAUUUAGCAGAACUUGCAACCGGGUGAUCGGGUGUGUGCGUGUUAUAAAACUUAAAAAAAAAGCAUUUAAUGGGACGUUAUUGAAAUUUAUCAUAAUUUAGUGCUUUAGUUUAUUGGUGACAAAAACCAGAGAAGUUGUCCAAUCAAAUGCUCCCAACAAAUGACUAGUAAAUGAUGUAAAACUUUUUGCUCCAAUUCUGUAGUGUCACUUUGGGUUUCGCAUUCGUAACUAAAUAAGGUACUCGAUAACAGUGUGCUGAAACAAGCAAUCAAACAAGCGUGGCGAACUUCCAAAAGCAAGUGACACUUUAAAGUGUUUCUAAAUUAUUGACGGCGGAAGAAAGCAAUCGACGGCAAAUCCUGGUAAAUUUUGAGUGCAGAAACUGUAAGACACUCCGUGAAACCGCAAACUACCUUCCGUCAGGCUUUCUUCAGAAUUCUUGAGCACACACUUAAAGGCACUGGUCUCCGGGGGGGGAAAAGUUGUAUCUCUGCUCGCAACUACCCCAAACACCGUCCGUCGGAAAGCGUACAUUUCUGCAAAUCUGCAUCGGAUCGGUGUAGCAAAAGCGUAAGAGAUUAAGCGUAAUGAUGGCCAGAGGUAGUAGUGCCGGACCUGGUUCAAUGAUGCAGCUGCUGCUCGUUCGGUUUCUGUUGAUGGCGGUAGUUUUGGUGGCCAUGCUGGAUGCGGAAGUUGCAGCCGGAAGCGUUCGUCCGGCAACGAGACAAACGAGCGUCAGUGUAGCGGAAGUUGCAGAUAGCAGCAGUGCGGUGAGCUCAUCGGACGAGAUGCUGGAAGAUGAUGAAAGUUUCGAACAAGACGUCAGUAAACGCGAUGGUGGAAAAAAAGACAGCUGGCACGAAAGUGAAUCAACUACGGAUUCGAGCUGGACCGAUGGUGGCGAGGAUGCGAUGGAAACUGUAACGGGUACGACGUUAGGAUACAGUGCCGUGGCUACUACACCGAAGAUAGUGGCUGGUCCGGUAAAGCACCUAAGCCGCUAUGAGCAAGGUUUGGAAGACUACGACGAGGCGGCGGACCGUGCGGAACGCGAACAGCAACAGCAACAAACGGAGCAGAGUGUGGAGCAGCAGUACAACAAUAUGGUGAAACCGAUGCUGACAUUAUUUAAUGUGAUAAGCACAGUUUUAUCGUCCGGAAGAUCAAUGCGCACGAUGGCAUCGGGCGGGGAGCGUACGGCGGUCACCGAUGACGGCAAUCCCGUCGGCGACCGAGAUGGCAAUAAAACCGAGAUCAUCACUGUUGGCGAAAAAUCAACAAGCGGCACCAAUGGCACCGGUGGAGGUAAUGAAAAUGCUACCGUUGAGGGUCGCUACAUAAAAGGAGAUCCCCUGAACGGGUACUACGAUUUCAUCAUCAGCGAAGGUUCGUACAAAUUUUGGGCCGUGUUUCAGCUCGUGACGGCCGCGGUGGUCAUUUACUCUACGCUAACCGCUAUUUACUACUCGAAAGUGGCACCGCUUACGUCGGAUUACGAUUACAUCGAUUAUCUGAACGGUGGCCGUGCGUUCGCCGGUGCCCGAUCGCUCGAUGGUGCUGGCCGGCCAGGUCACACGACCGGUAGACGAACGUCCGGAUGGAACUGGGAUGCGUUGUCCACUAGCAGCUGGUUCGGUCCAGCUGCCCAAGCGUUCACGAUAGUGAUGGAUGCGAUCGAACGGCAGCCUAAAUGAUGCAUCUUGGAAGCGAGUUGCGAGUAGCAAGUGCGGUUAAAAAUAGUAGCUUCAAAUUUCUAUGAAAUAUCCGAACACGGUUUGUAAGUGACAGGUGAUGCCGUGCAAAUGCUUGGAUAUUUCAUUGCAAAUUCCGAAGCAUGCUGUACGUGUUUUCACAUUCGUUCAACUGUUUUCAUACUCAUAAUAAACGAACGGGUAUUGUGGUAUUUUGCCCCGAGAACUAACUGAAGGAAAAGCGGUAUGACGCAAAGCAGCAAAAUAAGAUAAAGCUUUUAGUAAGAGGAGAAACCAAUGCGAAAACUAUGAAUAAAAAGUGCAUUUUUUUAUUUUUAUAUCCAAAAUAUGAAUAGGGUUUACUUAGAAGCGAGUUGACAGGUUCAAUAUUUCAAAAUUUGACAAUUUCGUCUGAAAUUCCAAAACAGCUAACAAAAGUCCGUCUGGCUGAUCCGCAAAAAAAGAUGGCAAUUAAAGAGGAGCAAAAAAUAAUAAUCAUGAAAGCUUUCUCGUAUCGAUAGAUAAAGGAUAAAAAUUGGCACUGUCAGCAGAGUGGAUGUUCGCUGUACGGGAGUGUAGAUAGUAAAAUUUACAUUUUAGGUAAAGAACGCUCUUCUGUCCGGCUCGCGUACAUCAGUGCCAAUUACAGCAGUUUCCAAAGCUUCAAACGAACCAAACCCGAACAAACAAAAGUCAAAGAAGAAGGGACGGAACAAAAAAAUUAGAACAUUGUUUGUCAAGAACGUACACGUGGAAAUGAAAGAAAUAAAAAAAAAAUACACAUACAGUACAUACAGGAGAACGGAACGGAAAAGAACGAGAGUAAACGAACGAAUAGUAGUUUUUUUGGGGUGUUGUUGUUGGAUAGUACGAGAUCCUAGCGACGAAGGGCCGGACCGAUGUUGGACAAGAAAUUAAUUUGAUUUUUAAUUGGUUUUAUAAUCGAACCGAACACAAACAAUCGAAAACGCGAUGUGCAAAACCCGAUGUGCGGCGAUCGUUUCAUGUUGGUAUGCGUGCGCUGGGAAGUGUCGGUGAGUUGGGCGAGCGCAAGAACGAGCGCCGAACCAGCGAGCGAAUGAUCGUCGUGGUGAAAAAAAACGGUGGUGGUGGUGAAAGUAAUGAAGUAAUAACGAUUCUUCCGCGGUAAACGAAUGCCGGCGGUUCCAAGCUUGACGGUGCGAUUGGAAUUUGACGAAAGAGUUUUAAUUAUUCUCGUGCGUUCAAAGCGGGUUUUCCACGUGGGUAGUUUUCUACCGGCGGCUCGGUAGAAACGGUCGACAUAAAACGACUUCCACGACAAACGACUGCAAGCAAUCACGCGGUUUCGAAGUACUGAAGUGGUUUUUUUUUCUAUUUUCCCUUCUACCCUUGACGGGCAAGAGGGACUAUGUGGAUCAAAGAUCUGAUAAAUUUGCACCAAUGAUCAGGAAACUCGGCAGGUCGCGCGACGACUCUAAAAACCUCUUCAUCCUGAUAGGGUAAUGGGCGAAUGAAGCAGUGAAAUGGGAGUUCGUACAAGUGUUCGGUGAAGAAAAUAGAUUGCUGUAAACAAUUAUCCCGAUUUCUGCCCCACUGCACCGUGCAAUCGGGUUGGAAGUUGACGAGAAAAGGGGGGGUGCUAAUUGAAUUGGAGCUAGAUUGAAAUUGCGGUAAAUGAGUACGACACGUGUUUCCGCGAACAGGCGCUGGGUGACAGGCGUUCGGUGGGUUAAAAGGUUAGGUAAAAGGGCGUCAGAUUGCGAAAUGCAAAAUGGCACCGUUUGGUUGUUUUGUAACAUGCUAUUAUUUGUAAGUUUCCG